AUGGAGAACGCUGAUGGGAGACGCGCCAGCGAGGCAUCUUCCCUCGACUCCACCGACUUCUACAGCGCCGACACGCAUCAUGACCAGCGCGUCGAGGACGUGUCGAGCCCUGUCCAAAUCAAUCAGUCCACGGAUACGAGUGAGCCUACGGACUCCGCUGUAUUGGCUAGCGCCCCAGACCCAGCCCCAGCCCCAGCCUCAACAUGCGAUGAGAAGGACGAUGAUAACUGUUCGGAGGACAUGGACCUCUCUGACAGCCGUGAUGCGACGCCAGAGCCCCAGGACGCGACUGCCACUCCGGAUGCCGGUGCCACUGCUGCCACUGCCGUCGAGACUGCCACUGCUGCUGCCGUGGAUCAUGCCGGGACCAAGCGCAAGCUUAGCGACACUGAAAAUGCUGACGUCGCCGCCCUAGGUCCCUCGCCCGAGGGAAUCAAGAAGAUCAAGGUGAAGCAGCCGGAUAACAGUGUUCCCAACGCUGCCCGUUGUCCCGAAGUCUGGCAGCGAGUUUUCCUGCAGCUGUCCCCUGCCAUGCUCUGCCGUUGUCUCAGAGUCUGCAAGGACUUCAGAUUCUAUCUGACCGGAAUCAAGAGCGGAAACAAACAGACCACGAAAGGACCAGUGGACAGUGAUUUUAUAUGGGGCCAGUCCAGAAAGACUCAUUACACUUUCCUGCCGCUCGCAAAGCCACUCUCCCGGUUUCAGGAAGAUGCAAUGCCGGAGCUUGCAAUGCUCAGACUCAUCUGCAGCCAGACGUGUCAGUUCUGUGGCAAGUCAGCAGCGCCCGUCCCUACCAAUUCACAUAUCAACGCAGGCCCGGGUCGUUACGGCGUUCGAAUCGCCUGGCCAUUCGGUGUCUGCAGCUGCGGUCCGUGUCUUGAAGAGAGAAGCGUCAAGGCAAGUAUCUUAAAAGAACAAAUGUGGUUAAGCCUGACCUUUCCUCAGGAUACCGAAAUACUGAGCCUGAAGCUCGACCCUCGACUGCGGCUGGGAAUCCCGCACGGGUUCCUUAACCAGGAGCUUCACUUCGCACCCGAGUUACUCCGCCAGCGUGUCGGUAUUCCUGGCGCGAUGCGCUUCUCCAAAAUCUACUACAGACCAGAUUGGGAUAAGCUUUGCCGCGACCUAGAAAAUGCCAAGGCAUUUGGUGACGGUGCUGCAGAGGAAUGGCUCAAAGGCCUUGAAGGUACAGGAAAGCAGGCCAUGGCUGAAUCCGCCCGAUGGGAAAGUUUUGAGCUGCAAUAUCCCCCAGGGACGGAUCUCGUCGAACUGCUCAGGGAGUAUGAUGUCUCUUCUUUCCCAGGCUAUCUUGAGCAGAAACAGAGCAACCCUGCCGGAGAAGCUGUGUUCCCGCCGUCUCUGGCGGCAAACGGUAAGCAAUGCCUUUUCCGGACAUUUCUGUCGUCCUUUUGUUUCGAUCCUAACGGCCAUCUGAGUGAUGGUGCUAUUUAUCUCCCCCCCCUCCCUCUUUCUUGCUGCUCAGAGCGUCCCACCAACCCAUAGGACGACAUGGAUCUGACUCAGCUCCUACAGGUACACAUCCCUUGCCUCAGCCUGUCCAUGUUUUUCAAACCCACUACGCUCCUCAAUACCCGGCCGUGGCGCCGCAACUCCCAUCGCCAACUCAUGCUAGACCUGCACGUAAUCCGCACGAGGUCGAGAUGGCCCGCCAGGCCAGGAGAGCCGAGAUCGAGCGCCGUUGCAGAGAAGAGCUCAUGCCACCCCUUGAGCCGGAUGUUUUAGUCCACAUGGAGUCUUUCAAGAAUGCCCUCAUGAUUGUGCGGCCACUUGCAGAUAUUGAGUGGGAAAAUCUCAAGCCGAAGUUGGAGCAACAGCGAGAAGCCGCCGAACUCGCCGAGCAUGAGAAGAGAUCACAGCUAGCCGCCUUACAAGCUUCUGUUCCUUACAUCAACUCGGACACUACAGGUCCGUACCAAGCAAGAGACACAAACGACGUCGAGCACGAGCUCGCGCAAAGGCCACUACGUCGACUUCUGGCUGAAUACGCAGACGACUUUAUCAACGGCCACUGGCGUGGAGGCCAGCUGCUCACCAAGAAAGAUUCUGCUCCUAUAUUUGCCAUUCAGGUGCUUAUGGAAGUCCAUCGCCGCUUCAAGACGGCCGAGCAAGACGGCUCGCUUCCCUCAUUGAUCAACCAGGGAUCUGAGCGAUCCACUACACCUCCAAGAAUUUACCUGUCCCUGGAAAACAUGAAAUGGGUGUUCGACAACAAGAUCAAGCACUUGACGGAUCCGUACUGUCGCGAACUUUUUGUCUGCGCCGGCGAAGGAUGUGCAGAUGAGGCAAAGCCCAAGUGGUUUCCUUUCGAAGGUCUGAUUCAGCACUACGGCGCGAAGCACACCAGUGAUUUCAGUAAGGGAAACGUGGUCGUGCACUGGCAGUCUGGCGAGUGGCCUGACACGCCUCCAUUCGACGUGAAUCCGGCACGUUUUCUUAGUACGGAGCGUAAGGCAUCCGGCAAUAAGAAUCACCAUCGCGCGCGUAACGCAGCUUCGAAGUUCCAGCAGACCGGGCCCACUACGGCUUCAGACUUUCAUACCAACACAUACCAAGGAGAGGGUGCGUACUCGGCUGGAUCCAACGGCUACCAGGUGGACCAACUGGCAUAUUAUUCUGCACCGCCAAGUUCUGAUGAUCAGAUCAACAAGCUGGCCAGUGAUGCGCUCGAGAUUUGGAACGCAUUGAACGGUAUCCAAGAUCUCGAGAACAGCGUUCGGCUCCAGACCGUCAUCCGUCAUGUUGUGAUGCGCUUCACGGAAAGCUUUCGACAGCAGCCAAAGUUGGACGACUUGACCAAAGCGCUGGCAAGUAAGCCUGAGACUCGGCCGCUGAAGAGUGCACAUGGCCUGGUAUGCAAGAUCUGCGCUGCGCAAAAUUCUGACGGUUCGUAUUGGACCAGAAGCCGCCAUGCCGCGAAACAUGCCAACCCUCAUUCUCUCAUUCGCCACUUUCAGCUCUCGCACCUGUCCCAUAACGCAUUCCUCGAUUGGACUAGAGAAAUGCUAGACGUGCCAGAGGACCCAAUUGUGCGAGAGCUGCUGCGAACCCCAGGCAUGGACGACACCAAGCUUGAAUUGAUCGCUCUUGCGUUUCCGACCGCGUUCCCGGCACCCUUGCCCAAAAUCGGAACAGUGACUGAAGACUCAGUCCCAGUCACAGCUGAGGAUGAAGCCACCAUGCGCCUCCGCAAUCAACUGGAAAGCCGGCUGGGCAAGAAGCAAAACAAGCAAUCGAAGAAGAAAGGUGCCAAGUCUGCGAAAGCGAAUCGCGAUGACUCCCAAGAUCCAUUGCCGGAGCCGAAAGAGGAUGAGUAUGACCCGCGAAGACCCAUGUUUGUCGAAGCGAGGAAGCGCGAGGUGGAUCCAGUGGAAUUUGACUAUGAUGCCGGCAAGCCACAAUUGGUCCAUUCGCAACUACUGCCAGGCGGCCUCAAUCUCGCUCCAGAGACCCUCCAGGCACUAAGAAGCGUCGCCGCGACUCAAUCGCAGCAAGUUGUGAGCCCUCGUCAUGCCGAACAGAGUCGCAGUCCAUCAGUAGGGCGUGAUGCACCGCCGGCCAAGAUUCCUGCCAGUGGUCCUGUCGUGACGCCUGCCGGCCAACCAGAUAUUGCUGCCAUUCUUGCAUCCCUGACGGACCAGACGGCUGCUCCGUACCCAGCUGCAACACCUGCUAGCAAUCGAUCUGGCAGUGCUCCGCAUCAGAACUAUGUUGAAGUGAGGGCCAAGCCCCGUGGUGGGCAUCCGGAGGUGUAUCGAAGCCAAGCGCCUCGCCCUACCAGCGGGUACAGUUCUGGCUAUCAUUCCGUUGCCAACGGCGCUACCACUCAGAGCAUUCAAGAACUGCAAGCGGCACUCUCUCAGAACAGUCGAAAUUUUGAGCAGAAUCAGCAGCCGGUCUACGCCGAGGCGUCCCACUAUGGACGUGCAGCUGCGCAACCUGCGCCAAGGUACUACUCUGUCUACGAAGAAGAUCAGCCGUCAUCAGCACACAUGCCGGUGUACAGGGAGCCGCCUGUGCAGUACGUGCAGGUACCGAGACGAGACCACGAGUACCCGUACGAGCGGCCAGCACGCCAGCCCAUCUAUGUGGACCAGUAUGGUCUUGAGCUUAUCCCUGUAGAAGCACCGCCUGCUUCGGCCUCCUUUCCACCAGAUCAGUACGGACAACAGCAGUACUUGAGGCAUCCAGAGCAGCAAGUGUAUUCUACAAUGUCUCCGGGCGCGCGUCUCCCGCCUGGCUACGAGGAGCGACGUCUGGUGUACCCUCCGCCGCGUUACACAUACGAGAAUGGCCAUUGA